GUCUGGUGAUGACUGUGUCUAUGAUACUGCAUUCAUACACAUUUAAAGAUUGAAAACUAACCAGAGGGGAAAGCGAGGGAUCAACAACACUUGCAACAGAAGACAAUGGUGGGUCUGGAAAUGAAUUCAACUGACUGUUUUCCUGUUGACGACUACAUAAAGAUUUAUUAUCUGCCAGUGAUGUACACCUUCAUUUCCGUAGUUGGACUUGUGGGAAACUUUCUGGCGAUCAUCAUUUACCUGAUGAAACUCAGACCCUGGAAAAGCAGCAGCAUAAUAAUGGUGAACCUGGCAGUGGCUGAUCUGCUGUAUGCAUUGAGUUUACCUGUUCUGAUCCAAUUUUACAUUACCAGAAACUGGACUUUGGGAGAGUUCAUGUGCCGUUUCAUCCGCUUCUGCUUCUACUACAACCUCUACGGCAGUAUCCUCUUCCUAACCUGCCUCAGCGUCUUCCGUUACAUCGCAGUGGUGCACCCGCUGAAGGCUGCUGAGAUCCGGCGGAAAAGAUGGGGCAUCUUGGUUUGUCUGGGAGUCUGGGCCAUUUCCUUGGUGGAGAUCGGCCCGAUGCUGGGGAUGAUUACUGUACAGCGGGAGCACAACAGGACAAAAUGCCUUGACUUUGCCAGUAAUGAUCCACAGGUGGUGUGGUGGUACGGUUGGAUACUCACAGUUUUUGCAUAUAUGUUGCCAUUGCUGGUGGUGUGCUGGAGCUACACUCGCAUUGCAGGCUCUCUGGGCAGCAGCAUAUCCAGAAACAGGCCGAGUCGCUCCCGAGUUCGCAUGCUGUCCAUUCUGAUUCUGGUGGUGUUUGUGCUCUGUUUCUUGCCAUACCAUAUCAUGCGUUUGCUGAGGGUGGAUAGCCUGCGCAGACCUGGCGUGCCAUGUAUGCAGAGGAGAGGCAUCCACGCAGCCUACAUAUUGUCACGACCCCUGGCUGGCCUCAACACUUUCUUCAACCUAGCACUGUACACACUGGCAGGAGACAAGUUUCAACAGGCUUUCCGGAGCAUUGUGCACAGGAAGGAGCGCACAAGCAGCACAUUAUCAGUAAUCCACUCUCCAAACGUCAUCUCAAAGAAAGAUCCCAUGAAGACCUGAUACGGACUGUAUACAGACAUUAUAAAAGGUUUGGGGCUGGUAAAAUUUUUGAAGGAUUUUUGAACGGAGACUUUAAUGCUUACCGAUUUGAUUAAAAUACAAUAAAAAACUAAAAUAUUCAAAUUUUAUAAUUUUUUUUAUUUAUUUUAAUAUAUUUUUAAAUGUAAAUGGUAACACUUUACAAUACGGUGUCAUUUGUUAACAUUAGGGUAUCAACUAACAUGAACAAACAAUGAACAAUACAUUUAUUACAGCAUUUAUUAAUCUUUGUUAAAGUUAGUUAAUAAAAAAUACAGUCGUUCAUUGUUCAUGUUAGUUCACAGUGCAUUAACUAAUGUUAACAAACAACUUUAGAUUUUAAUAAUGCGUUAAUAAAUGUUGAAAUUAAUAUUGACUAAGAUUAAUAAAUGCUGUAGAAGUAUUAUUCAUUUUCAGU